GAUGAGAAAAAAAAAAAAGAGAAUUUUUUUUCAUUGUCCGGAGGUGUGACUUACAAUAUCCAAAGCCGUCCAAGGUUGGUCUUUCUUUUUUUUAUUAUUUGACGUUCCGCAGCUUGUUUUCUCUUGCCAUACAAAAAAAGAAAAAGGGCAUCACACCAUGGGAAAGGAUACAAACAAGUCAAAGGGAGCUCGUCCCAUGCGCCAUGAUCCGCUUCAUGCCCAAUUAGCUGAUAACCCUGAUCAGCGUGCCGUUCGCAAAGCCCCCCGACAAAAGUUUGUCGAUCGCAACAACCGAAGUGAUGAUCCCGUGGAUGAAUAUUUGGACCCCAAACUGUCAAAGAAGAUCUUGAAGAUCGCCAGAGAACAGCAGGAACAAAUCGAAGAAAUUAAACGAGAAGACGAAGAAGAAGGCAUUACCCCUACCAAACCAUCCAAGUUCCCCUCCAUCUUUGAUCUCAGUGACGACGAGCCUGAAGGCGAUGACAAAUACGGCGAAUAUGAAGAAUUGGAUAUCGACGAAGAAGAUGCCGAUGUUUUGAACAAAUUCUUGCCCAGUGCACCCAAAGAACGUAAAACAUUGGCUGAUCUUAUCAUGGAAAAGAUUGAAGAAAAGAAUGCCGCCGAGGCUGCCAAGAACCGAGACGACGACCGAACAUUGUCGCCUGCCGUCAAUCCCAAAGUAGAACAAGUGUACACAAAAGUGGGCGAAUUGCUUAGCCGUUACAAAUCCGGCAAACUGCCAAAAGCUUUCAAGAUUAUUCCGUCAUUGAACAACUGGGAACAAAUCCUCGUUCUUACCAAUCCACAAAACUGGACUCCUCACGCUACAUAUGAAGCCACCCGCGUCUUUGUGUCCAACUUGAAAGCCAAUCAGGCACAAAAGUUUUUCUACCAUGUGUUGUUGGAACGUGUGGAAGAUGAUAUCCAAGAAAACGGCAAAUUGCAUUAUCACCUGUACCUUGCGCUCAAGAAGGCACUUUACAAACCUGCAGCUUUCUUCAAGGGCAUUCUGUUCCCCAUGUGUGAGUCUGGCACGUGCACAUUGAAACAAGCCGCGAUUGUUGGCAGCGUGCUUCAGAAAGUGUCCAUUCCUGUUUUGCAUUCGUCGGCGGCAUUGUUACGUUUAGCCGAGAUGGAUUAUACCGGUCCCAACAGUUUAUUCAUCCGUAUCCUCCUCGACAAGAAGUACGCAUUACCUUACAAGGUGGUGGACGCCCUCGUAGAACACUUUAUGCGAUUCCAGAAUGACAGUCGAGACAUGCCGGUCUUAUGGCAUCAAUCUAUGCUCGUGUUUGCCCAAAGAUAUAAGCAAGAUAUGAUUGCGGAGCAAAAGGAAAUUCUUAUGGAAGUGAUCAAGCGUAAAUACCAUCCUGGUAUUUCACCGGAAGUUCGUCGUGAAUUGAUUCAUUCUUCUGCAAGAGAUGAAAUGAUGGAGGACAACGACAAUGAUAUCUUGAUGAUGGAUUAACCACUUUUUUUUCUUUUCUCUCAUCUUUUUUCUUUCAUAACUCGAUUUACGUUCCAAAAAAAAUAUGCAUUCAUAAGGUAGUAGUAUGAAAAAAGAAAAAAUUUCAAGAUAGUUUACAUAAGGAAAUUUCAUAAAGACCUCAUAUCCAUAAGUCACUGACAAGUCUUGCUAUAACC